AUGGAAUUGCACAAAAGGCCUGUCCUACGAAACUUGUCUAUCCAACUAGGUCGACGUUGUCCUACUGAUGCUGAUGUGGGCAAGUUGGUUGAAAACGCUGUUAAUCGUGGCGUGAGAAAGCUAUUUUUCUCGCUUCAAUGGGCCGCAGAUCCAGCCAUAUUGCCUAAGAGCCUUAACACAUGCAAAAGUCUCUUUCAUCUGAAACUCUCCCACAAGAUUCUCGUGGAUUUUCCUCCUUCUUCUUGCCUCCCAUCCCUAGUAAAACUCGAACUUUACUAUGUGAUGUAUAAAGACGAGGCUUCUCUCGUUAACCUCUUAUCGAGCUGCCCCAUUCUUGUGACACUGUUUGUGGUGCGUAUUAAGGAUGACAACGUUGCCAAGUUUAGUGUGAAAGUGCCUUCGUUACGGGUCUUAUUGUAUUUUAAUGCUAUGUCACCAGAUGAGAAUGAUGCCGGUAGGUUUUUAGUUAUGGAUACUCCGGCAUUAACACAAUGUUACAUUGGUGACAUUUCAGGAGACUCUUGGUCGAUCAAGAGUAUGCAUUGUCUCCAGCGUGUUUUUAUUAGUGGUCAGAGUUUGCAUGAUAUGAGCAAGUUGUUAAAAUCUACUUCUGUGGUCUCGUCUCUAUGUUUGUAUUUGACAGAUGAAUUGGUAAACACUCUAUCUCUCUCUCUCUCUAUAGAUCUGUGA